AUGUCAAACUACCUCCCAUUAAACAGACAAUGUCAAACUACCUCCCACAAAACAGACAAUGCCAAACUACCUUCCACAAAACAGACAAUGCCAAACUACCUCCCACCAAACAGACAAUGUCAAACUAACUGCAACCAACCAGACAAUGCCAAACGACCUCCCAACAAACGGACAAUGUCAAACUACCUCCCACCAAAUAGACAAUGUCAAACUACCUCCCACCAAACAGACAAUGUCAAACUAACUGCAACCAAACAGACAAUGCCAAACGACCUCCCAACAAACAGACAAUGUCAAACUACCUCCUACCAAACAGACAAUGUCAAACUACCUCCCACCAAACAGACAAUGUCAAACUACUUCCCACCAAACAGACAAUGCCAGACUAACUCCCACCAAACAGACAAUGUCAAACUACCUCCCACCAAACAGACAAUGUCAAACUACCUCCCUACAAACAGACAAUGUCAAACUACCUCCCAACAAACAGACAAGGGCAAACUACCUCCCACCAAACAGACAAUGUCAAACUAUCUCCCACCAAACAGACAAUGUCAAACUACCUCCCACCAAACAGACAAUGUCAAACUAUCUCCCACCAAACAGACAAUGUCAAACUACCUCCCACCAAACGGACAAUGUCAAACUACUUCCCACCAAACGGUCAAUAUCAAACUACCUCCCACCAAACAGACAAUGUCAAACUACCUCCCACCAAACAGACAAUGUCAAACUACCUCCCACAAAACAGACAAUGUCAAACUACCUCCCACAAAACAGAUAAUGUCAAACUACCUCCGACCAAACGGACAAUGUCAAACUACCUCCUACAAAAGGGACAAUGUCAAACUACCUCCCACCAAACAGACAAUGUCAAACUACCUCUCACCAAACGGACAAUGUCAAACUACCUCCUACCAAACAGACAAGGCCAAACUACCUCCCACCAAACAGACAAGGCCAGACUACAUCCUACCAAACAGACAAUGUCAAACUACUUCCGCAAAACAGAAAAGGCCAAACUACCUCCCACCAAACAGACAAUGCCAAACUACCUCCCACCAAACAGUCAUUGCCAAAUUACCUCCCACCAAACAGACAAUGUCAAACUACCUCCCACCAAACGGACAAUGUCAAACUACCACUCACCAAACAGACAAGGCCAAACUACCUCCCACGAAACAGACAAGGCCAAACUUCCUCCCAACAAACGAACAAUGUCAAACUACCUCCCAACAAACAGACAAUAUCAAACUACCUCCAAUUAAACAGACAGUGUCAAACUACCUCCCACCAAACAGACAAUGUCAAACUACCUCCCACCAAACAGACAAUGUCAAACUACCUCCCACCAAACAGGCAAUGUCAAACCACCUCCUACCAAACAGACAAUGUCAAAUUACCACCCACCAAACAGACAUUGCCAAACUACCUCCCACCAAACAGGCAAUGUCAAACUACCUCUACCAAACAGACAAUGUCAAACUACCUCCCACCAAACAGACAAUGUCAAACCACCACCCACCAAAUAGACAAUGUCAAACUACCUCCCAGCAAACAGACAUUGCCAAACUCCUUCCCACUAAACAGACAAUGUCAAACUACCCCCACCAAACAGACAAGGCCAAACUACCUCCCACCAAACAGAUAAUGCCAAACUACCUCCCACCAAACAGACAAUGUCAAACUACCUCCCACCAAACAGACAAUGUCAAACUACCUCCCGCCAAACGGACAAUGUCAAACUACCUCCCACCAAAUAGACAAUUUCAAACUACCUCCCACCAAACAGACAAUGUCAAACUACCUCCCACCAAACAGACCAUGUCAAACUACCUCCCACCAAACAGACAAUGUCAAACUACCUCCCACCAAACAGACAAUGUCAAACUGUUGCGUUCACAUUGA